GGCGGGAGUGAAGGAAGGGGCGAGGCGGCUUUUCUCAUUUCCCUCUCGGGCGCCAUUUUGUAGCGCAGCGAACCAGCGAAUAAAGAGCGGGCGGGAAGCGGAAUGUGGCGGCGGCGGUGGUGACCGUUUCAGGGCGGUGGUUCUAAGUUUAUCGAUGCGACAGGAGAAACCGUCCUUGGAAGUAUCUGGAGCGAUCUGGACACGACGCCUUAGCGGCGCCGCCAUCGGCGGGAGAAUUCACAAUGACUAAUGAAGAGCCACUUCCAAAGAAGGCCCGUCUCAGUGAAACAGACUUCAAGGUUCUACCUAGAGAAGAAUUAAUCUUAAGAUGGAAGCAGUAUGAAGCAUACGUGCAAGCUCUUGAGGGCAAAUACACUGAUCUAAACUCCAAUGAUGUAACUGGAUUGAGAGAGUCUGAAGAAAAACUGAAGCAGCAACAACAAGAAUCUGCUCGAAGGGAAAAUAUCUUGGUGAUGCGACUAGCAACUAAAGAACAAGAAAUGCAAGAGUGUACUAAUCAGAUACAGUACCUCAAGCAAGUCCAGCAACCAAGUGUUGCUCAACUGAGAUCAACCAUGGUGGACCCAGCCAUCAACUUGUUUUUCCUAAAAAUGAAAGGUGAACUGGAACAGACUAAAGACAAACUGGAACAAGCCCAAAAUGAACUGAGUGCCUGGAAAUUUACACCUGAUAGCCAAACAGGCAAAAAGUUAAUGGCGAAGUGUCGAAUGCUUAUCCAGGAGAAUCAAGAGCUUGGAAGGCAACUGUCCCAAGGACGUAUUGCACAACUUGAGGCAGAGUUGGCUUUACAGAAGAAAUAUAGUGAGGAGCUUAAAAGCAGUCAGGAUGAACUGAAUGAUUUCAUCAUCCAGCUUGAUGAGGAAGUAGAAGGUAUGCAGAGUACCAUUCUAGUUCUACAACAACAAUUGAAAGAGACUCGCCAACAAUUGGUUCAGUAUCAGCAGCAGCAGCAGUUACAAGCUUCAAUUCCAGGUACCAGCCGGACUCCAUCUUGUGAAAUUACAGAUCAGGGAGAAACCAUGAGCAAAGAUUGCAGUCGCCUGGCCAAUGGACCAAGUAAUGGCAGCUCUUCACAUCAGAGGACAGCGGGGCCUGGUUUUUAUCGAGAAGGUAGUGGAACAGAGGAUGAUUUUCCACCCUCGCCAAGCAAUGGUAAUAAGCUUUCCAACCACUCUGAAGAUAGAACUGGCAGAGGAUCUGGUAGUUAUAUAAAUCAACUCAGUACUGGGUACGAAAGUGUAGACUCUCCCACUGGUAGUGAAAAUUCUCUUACUCACCAUUCAAAUGAUACAGACUCUAAUCAUGAUCCACAAGAGGAAAAAACAGUCAGUGUGAAAGGUAACAGAACUUCGGGGUCUCGUCAUGUUCAGAAUGGUUUGGACUCUAAUGUAAAUGUGCAGGGUUCGGUUUUGUAACCUUUUUCUGCAAAAAAAAUUUUUUAUAGUGUCACUUAAUUGGGAGAAGAAACUGUCCAGAACUGUUCAAAUUAGUGCAUAUAUGUCACAAUUCUGCCUUUGUGGGUUUUCUGCUUCAAUACCUCUGCCACUUCUGAAAUUUUAACAAUUGAUUACGUUGAAUGUUGCUAAAAGGAUGUUUGUGUAAGCUCAAGGUAUAUUUUGAGUUAAUGUGAAGUUGAAAAUGGAAUUUUAUUUCCAGGUAUAACACAAUGAUGUAUGUACAAAUCUGUGUAUAUCUAGAACUUGUGCUGUGUAAGGGCAUUCUUUACUCAUACUGUUUAUAACACUCAAAACUUUGUCAGAAUAGUUGUGGGUUGAUGACUGCCAAGUUUGCCCAGUACAGUAGUUUUCUAACUAAACUUGGUGAGGGAGUCCUAUAGUAGUUUGUGUUCCACUUUUGCCACUAUGCAUCUGUGUGUUCUCUUUAGAUGACAAUGUUUAAGAAUUUUGUGUGCAUAGUUACUCAGUUUUAAGAACUGUUGUAUCCUGUUAAUGCAUAUUGCUCUGUGACUCCAAUAUUAUCUUACCUGUACUGACCAAACCCAAAUAAAAUUUUUAAUAAUGUAA